AUGCCACUGUCUACACUCUCACUUCGCUCGCUCUCUCGCAUCCCUCUCCGCUCUCCCUCCUCCACCGCCUCCCUCCGCCGCUCCAUGGCUACCGCAGCCGACGCCGCCGUUGCCGUCUCCCCUUCCAACACCCGCGUCGGCUGGAUCGGCACCGGAGUCAUGGGCCGUUCCAUGUGCUCCCACCUCAUCAAAGCCGGCUACUCCCUUACCGUCUUCACCCGCACCGCUUCCAAAGCCCAGCCCCUCGUCGAACUCGGCGCCAAGCUAGCCGAUUCCCCAGUCGCCGUCGCUGCCCAAUCCGACGUCGUCUUCUCCAUCGUCGGCUACCCCUCCGACGUCCGUCAGGUCCUCCUCGAACCCACUACCGGCGCCCUCCAUGGCCUCCGCCCCGGUGGAGUCCUAGUCGACAUGACCACUUCGGAACCCUCCCUCGCCGCUGAAAUCGCCGCCGCUGCAGCGGCCAAGCACUGUUAUUCCAUCGAUGCCCCGGUCUCCGGCGGCGAUCUCGGCGCGAAGAAGGGGACCCUGGCGAUAUUCACCGGCGGGGAUCAAUCCAUCGUCGAGAAAUUGAGCCCCUUGUUCGCCCUGAUGGGGAAAGUCAACUACAUGGGUUCUGCAGGUAAAGGCCAAUUCGCGAAACUGGCGAAUCAAAUCACCAUAGCUUCGGCGAUGGUUGGAUUGGUGGAAGGGAUCAUCUAUGCUUACAAAGCAGGGCUCAACGUGGAGCUCUACCUCAGCGCGAUAUCGACCGGAGCUGCCGGAUCGAAGUCGCUGGAUUUGUACGCUGGCAGGAUAAUGAAGAGGGAUUUCGAACCUGGGUUUUAUGUCAACCAUUUCGUUAAAGAUUUGGGGAUCUGCUUAAAGGAGUGCCAGAACAUGGGGCUUGCUUUGCCUGGUUUGGCAUUAGCUCAGCAGCUUUAUCUGUCGCUCAAGGCUCAUGGGGAAGGCGAUUUGGGCACCCAGGCGCUGAUUUUGGCCCUGGAGAGGCUCAACAAUGUUUCUCUGGAGAGUCUUGGAUCAUCAUCCAACCCUGGAGCUUAG